AUUGGCAACUGUGUCAAACGGUAGAACAUUCGAAUUGCUGUUUUUCCUAUUUUCAUUCUUCUUUUGUUUUAAAUCCAAGCAAAUGGAAUCAGUCGAAUCUGAGCUCCUAAAAAAUCUUGAAAAUCUGUUUGGUUUUCAAUUCGGUAAGGGGAAAAAAUUUCAAGACCUCGAUACCCACGACUUUUUAGACGUGUACAAGAUUUUCUUUCGAAUUUACGAUUCAGCGUGGCUUCUGAGUGAUGGCAAACCAAAAACGUCUGUUUUAAAACAAAUUCAAAGUUUUCUUCAGCGUAUGGAACUUGGUCACUUGAUUCUUAAGGGAGACGAUUUGCUUGACUCAAAAAAAAACUGCCGCCUUCUUGGUGCAAUAGUUUCGAAGUUGGAAAGCAGACAUAACGGAACCAACAACAUACAAGCAGCUGUUCGAAAGAUCAGAUUAUUAAAACCUAAAACAGCCGCAGAAAAGAAUCAACUUCGGAAGCCAAACUCAUCAGGGUCUAGUGCCGAAGAAGAACCUGUUAAUCCAGAGCUGAUUGUACCUCAUAAGGGUAAAGAAUUGCCAAGGACACCACCUACUAAACUGGGAUCUGGCACAGAUGUAAUUCAACCAGAUUUUCUUAAACCAAAGGCUGCUGCAUCCCCUUUAGCUGUCGAACCAAAAACCUAUACAACUUCUGCAAAAAUAGUAUCCACACAGAAGGGUUUUCGACCCAUUCUUCCCACUAAGGAAAUUCCACGUACGCCUAUGAAAGGCGUUGCAGCUACAACACCAGUUGACGGAUUCGUUGCAGGUCAUAAUUUAACAGUCGAUUUUUCAGCAGCUCGUCUCACAGCAUCUAAUACGUCAACCCCGUACGACAGCCGCACGUCCAGAAAUAAGAAUUCGUCUAGUGACGGUGACGCUACCUUUGUUAUCCCUACCAAACUGAACGUCAUGAAAAAUCCAGACCAAAGACCCAAUUUAGAGUUCUCCGAGUCUGAAGAAGAAGACGUGUUUGUAGAUGCGAAUGCAAUGGCGGAUACCUACGCCAAAGAGACGAACGUGAAAAAUCAAAUAAAAGCACCUACUGGAGCCUUCGACAAUACCUGGGUAUUGGAGAUGGAAAAUCCAGACACCAAAAGCGAAAACGCGUCACAACCGGCAGUGGUACCUGAGGCUCAGAGUUCACCCAAUCCUUCAAAGAAGAAACCUGGAAAAGCUCCAGCGAAUACUAAAGCAAAAGACAAGGCAAACUCUGCUGCAGCCAAAACUAAAGAGGACGAAGACGUGGCCGUGGCCGUGAAAGAAACAAUAGAAACUUUGCCAGAAAAUGGAGUAACUAAUCGUGCGGCCACUGACACUUUAACUGCCGUUCCGAAGGGUAAAAAAGGAAAGAAACCUGUCAAAAUGGAAUCGACGGAAGAUAACCACGUUACGGAGACAGUUGCCGAUGCGAUUGCUGAACAUGAGACUCCAGUCGGGGAAUCGGAAUCUGCAGAACCUGUCCCCCCUGCCGAACCCAAGGGAAAGAAAGGACGAGGAAAGAAAGCUGUUGGCAAAAAGGAAGCCAUCGAAGCCCAUCACGUCGAAGAUGUUGCUGCCAAUGCUGAUCCUCCGGUGUCACCUGAAGCUCCAGUUGCAGAAACUGAGGCAAAGAAAGGGCGAGCAAAGAGGCCAAGCAAAAAGGAAACCAACCAAGAUAAUCACGUUGAUGAAGUGCUUGAAAAGAAGGCUGAUCCUUCUGCAGAAAUCGAACCCGAGGAACAUGUUGCGGAGGUCAAGGGGAAACGGGGACGAGGCAAGAAAGCCGUAGCUAAAAAGGAGGCUGUCGAGGAUAACCACGUCGAAAGUGUUGCCGAACCUUCACCACAAGAAGCUGAAAUUGUGGAAGCGAAGAAAGGACGUGGAAAGAGACCUAGCAAAAAAGAAACGAGCGAAGAGAACCAUGUGCAAGAGGAGGUCGAAAAAGAACUUGCAACUGAACCCGAGUCCGUCACUCCAGUUGCCGUAACCAAGGAGAAGAAAGGUCGUGGAAAGAAGGCUCAACCCGUGUCGAAGCCAGAGGAGAACAUGUCCUUUACCGAAGAGAAAUCAGAGCCCGUUGUUACGUCGCCAGUAGUCCAGGCCAAUGAUGAACCAGCAGCCAAGCCUGGCCCUAAGCCCAAAAUGGGACCUAAAUUUAGGAUGGGACCCAAAUCUAAAGUAGAACCUAAACCAGCCGUGGAAGAAGCUGAAAGUCUUGCACAUCCUGAACCCGAAGUUCAAGAGAAAAAAGGGCGAGGAAAGAAAGCUACCUCGGCCGAUUCCACGCCGCAAACAGCGGCGAAAGUUGAUCCUCCACAAGCCGAAGCUGUGCCCGUCGGCGAAACGAAUGAAAUUUCGCCCGUUCUCGAAGUCAGAAGAGGCCGUGCCAGAGGAAAGGCUUCGACCGACGAAGUGAACGAAGCCGGACGCAAGCAAUCGGCCAGUCCAGUCAAAGCUGAGUCAGACCUUAAAGAGAAACGAGGUCGUGGAAGAGCAGCAACCAAAGACGGAACAGAUAAAGCCGUCAAGACGGAUGAAGAGGCGUUACCGAGUGUCCAGCCUGAACCUCCCACCGCUCCCGUAAUCGACGCUAAAGAAAAGAGGGGCCGAGGACGACAGGCCAAGACGGAAGCAACGCCCGCUGUUGAAGAAAUGAAAGAUACGACCAAGAGUCCGGAAGCUGUUCCAAUUAAGAAAACACGUGGAAAGAAGGGCGUUCCAGUGGCGAGAGAAUCCGAUGAAGCGGAGCAAGAAGUCGAAGCGGCUGGAGAUACGAAAUCCAGGGGAAAGAAAGCGAUAAGUAAGAAGUCGGUGGAAGAAAAAGAGAAAGCAGCUGUUCCAGAAGUAGCUGAAAAGGCACAGAAAGCCACUACGAAAAGAGGCAAGGCCGCGUCGCUUCCAGAAGAUUCUGAGCCGAGUCCACCUAAGAAAUUAAAAGAAGAAGCGGUCGAGCUGGAAGGCCCUCGAAAGUCGUCAAGAAAGAAAGCGGAUCCAGUCAAAUCGUACGAUGAAUCUUCGGAACGAAGUGGACCGAUAUCUCCCAAGAAAAGGGGAGCUAAAAAGAAGGCCAACGUCGAUGAAGCCGCAAUGGCUGAAGCUGAUGAAGCUGAGGAUCAGAAGAAGAAACCGGCCAAAAAGAAGGGAGGUGCCGAAACUCCGGAAGCUGAGCCGCCGAAAAUGGCUGCAUCCAAACGGGCCAAUAAACGUGGCCAGGCGGAAGAAGCAACUCCGCCUACAUCCGAUGAGAAGAAAGGCGGUGGUGCGAAAAAGGCCACCAAAUCGCCGGAAUUGCCUCUGAAAGUGGUCAACGGAUUGGAAAGCGAUACGGCGGCUAGUCCAGCGAAGCAAGGCAAAUUAUGCGAAGAGAACGGAGCGGCGGAAGAGCCGGAAAAGAUGAAAACGGGGCGUAACAGGAAGAAGAAGGAAGUGCCGCAACCGGUGGAAACUGAAAACGAAUCGCCCGUUAUCGGGACGAAGAAAGCCCAGCGUGGAGGCAAACAAGAAGCUCCACCUGCCGCCGCCGUCGAGAUUGAAAAGAAGAAACCGGCCAGCCGGAAGAAGCUUGUCGUUGCCCAGGAAGAAGAGACUGACAUUUCAGCGUCAUCGGUCCAGCCGAAACGUGGCAAACGGGCUCAUGCCCUGACUUCUGAUUCGGACGUGUUUGUCGCUUUUAUUGCUGGCCAACAGUCGACAGAUCCAUCUCCAACUGGGCCUACGCUAUCCAAGUCUCGUCGAUUGAAACUGGUUGAACAGCCAGCAGCAGCAGCAGCGGCGGCAGCUGCAUCGGAUGAUGAAAUGGCCGUACCUGCUGCCACUACUAAACGCACUUAUACCCGUCGCAACAAGUAAUUUUUCGACUGUGUGAUUUGACAUUGUAUUAAGUGUAUCCUAAGUGUAUCCUAGCAACGACAUGUGAUUUUCUUUAUUAUCAUUUUUUUCUUUCUUUUUCGUGGUUCUUAAUUCAUUCCCUAAUGGAUCAUAAUAUUUGGGUGAAUUGAUUUUUUUAAGUUACUUCUUCAGUGUAUUUCUGUUGCUUCGAUUUUUUUUCUGUUCUAUUACUAAUACAUUCGGUCUUUUCGUUAUUAAUCAAAUGGGGUUAUUGAUUUUCUUUGAAAAAAAAAACAUCUUCCGUGGAACGAGUGACGAAA